GUUUUCCAAACGUUCCUAUCUUUCAGUUCCGGUAUCUCCAUCUCCCCCCUCCACCGUCCACAGCUGUGGUAGUGAAAGCGGUCAACAGCAGCGGUUCACUCCACCUUCAUUUAAUCAAAUACCUCCAUUUUCCUCCACGUUUCUCUGCCAAGUGAACUUGAAGACCAAACAAAAUGACAGACUCAAAGUAUUUCACCACAAACAAGAAAGGAGAGAUAUUUGAACUGAAAGCAGAGCUGAACAAUGAGAAAAAAGAGAAAAGGAAGGAAGCAGUGAAGAAGGUCAUUGCUGCCAUGACAGUAGGCAAGGAUGUCAGCUCCUUGUUUCCUGAUGUGGUGAACUGUAUGCAGACUGAUAACCUGGAGCUGAAGAAACUGGUUUAUCUCUAUCUGAUGAACUACGCCAAGAGUCAGCCUGACAUGGCAAUUAUGGCAGUGAACAGUUUUGUCAAGGACUGUGAGGACCCUAAUCCCCUCAUUCGAGCACUGGCUGUCCGCACAAUGGGCUGCAUCCGCGUGGAUAAGAUCACAGAGUAUCUGUGUGAGCCUCUACGGAAAUGCCUGAAGGAUGAGGAUCCCUAUGUGAGGAAGACGGCUGCCGUAUGUGUGGCCAAGCUGCAUGACAUCAAUGCUCAGAUGGUAGAGGACCAGGGCUUCCUGGAUUCCCUCAGGGACCUCAUCGCUGACUCCAAUCCCAUGGUUGUGGCCAAUGCAGUGGCAGCCCUUUCAGAGAUCAGUGAGUCUCACCCUAACAGUAAUCUCCUGGACCUGAACCCCCAAAACAUCAACAAACUGCUGACAGCCCUGAAUGAAUGCACUGAGUGGGGCCAGAUCUUUAUCCUGGACUGCUUGUCCAACUACAAUCCCAAAGAUGAGCGUGAAGCCCAGAGCAUCUGCGAGCGUGUAACCCCACGUCUCUCCCAUGCCAACUCGGCUGUGGUUCUGUCAGCUGUAAAGGUCCUGAUGAAAUUUCUGGAGUUGCUUCCUAAAGACUCGGACUACUACAACACUCUGCUGAAGAAGCUCUCUCCUCCUCUUGUCACUCUGCUCUCUGGAGAACCUGAGGUCCAAUAUGUGGCACUGAGGAACAUCAACCUUAUUGUGCAGAAAAGGCCUGAAAUCCUGAAGCAAGAAAUCAAGGUGUUCUUUGUAAAAUACAAUGAUCCUAUCUACGUCAAGCUGGAGAAACUGGACAUCAUGAUCCGGCUGGCCUCUCAGGCCAACAUUGCCCAGGUUCUGGCUGAGCUGAAAGAGUAUGCCACCGAAGUGGACGUGGAUUUUGUCCGCAAGGCAGUCCGAGCUAUCGGCCGCUGUGCCAUCAAAGUGGAGCAAUCAGCUGAGCGCUGUGUAAGCACACUAUUGGACCUCAUCCAGACAAAGGUGAACUAUGUGGUGCAGGAGGCCAUCGUGGUGAUUAGGGACAUCUUCCGCAAAUACCCAAACAAAUAUGAGAGUAUUAUUGCCACUCUAUGUGAGAACUUGGACUCUCUGGAUGAGCCAGACGCUCGCGCUGCCAUGAUCUGGAUUGUGGGUGAAUAUGCUGAGAGAAUUGAUAAUGCCGAUGAGCUACUGGAGAGUUUCCUGGAGGGCUUCCAUGAUGAGAGCACACAGGUUCAACUGACCCUGCUGACUGCCAUAGUGAAGCUGUUCCUGAAGAAGCCCUCUGAGACACAGGAGCUGGUACAGCAAGUGCUCAGUCUGGCCACACAGGACUCCGAUAACCCUGAUUUGCGUGAUCGUGGUUACAUCUACUGGCGUCUGCUCUCCACUGACCCGGUGACUGCCAAAGAAGUGGUUCUGUCUGAGAAACCUCUGAUCUCGGAGGAGACAGACUUGAUCGAGCCCACCCUACUGGAUGAGCUCAUCUGCCACAUCGGUUCACUGGCCUCUGUCUACCACAAACCCCCAAAUGCCUUUGUGGAGGGCAGCCACGGCAUCCACCGCAAGCACCUGCCUAUCCAGCAUGGCAGCAUUGACACUGGAGAGAGUCCCAUCAGUGCCGGCCCAGCAGCCCCCAUUGACCAGCCCCAGGUUAUCCCAUCUCAGGGUGAUCUCCUGGGUGAUCUUCUCAACCUGGACCUGGGCCCUCCAGUCAACGUUCCCCAAGUGUCCUCCAUGCAGAUGGGUGCUGUGGACCUUCUAGGAGGAGGCCUAGACAGUCUGCUCGGGGGAGACCUUGGAGGAGGUGUUGGGGGAAGUCCUGCAGUCGGCCAGAACUUUAUUCCAUCUUCAGUGCCCAACACAUUUGCUCCAUCCCCUACCCCAGCAACGCUGAGCAGUGGACUGAAUGACCUGUUUGAACUUUCCACAAGCAUGGCCAUCACUACAGGCGGAUAUGUGGCACCUAAAGCUGUGUGGUUGCCAGCAGUCAAGGCCAAAGGGUUAGAAAUUUCCGGAACAUUCUCUCGCCGUCAGGGUCACAUGUAUAUGGACAUGACUUUUACCAACAAAGCCUUGCAGCACAUGACUGACUUUGCUAUCCAGUUCAACAAGAACAGUUUCGGAGUGAUUCCUACCACACCUCUACCUGUUCACACACCUCUAAUGCCAAAUCAGAACAUCGACAUCUCCCUGCCUCUCAAUACCAUUGGGCCAGUUAUGAAGAUGGACCCUCUGAACAAUCUACAGGUGGCCGUGAAAAACAACAUAGACGUGUUCUACUUCAGCGUUCUGAUCCCACUCAAUGUCUUCUUCGUUGAGGAUGGCAAAAUGGAGCGCCAGGUGUUCCUAGCCACAUGGAAGGACAUUCCCAAUGAGAAUGAGCUGCAGUACCAAAUCAAGGAGUGUCACUUAAAUGCAGACACUGUGUCAGGCAAGCUGCAGAAUAAUAACAUCUACACCAUCGCCAAGCGCAAUGUGGAGGGCCAAGACAUGCUGUACCAGUCCCUGAAACUCACCAAUGGCAUCUGGAUACUCGCAGAGCUCCGCAUUCAACCAGGCAACCCUAACUACACGCUCUCUCUGAAAUGCAGGGCUCCAGAGGUUUCUCAGUACGUGUACCAGAUGUACGAUGCUGUGCUGAAGAAUUGAAUCCUCUCUCCUUUCCUCCAUCUCACCAUCCUCCACUCAUUCCUGUGGUACAAGAACAAGCUACACCUUUUUCCAUUUUCUCCCACUAUUUUCAAAUGCAUCUGUUAAGAUUUGUUUUUUCUCCUGUUUAGUGUCCCAGAACCAACCAUAUACGUUCUGCUCAAGUGUAUUUGUGUUGUGGAUAAAGUGUAGAUGGUGCAUUGUGCCUCUUCCCAUGUAUCCCCCCACCCCCACCCCACCCCCGCCAUUAAGAAACAUGUACGAGUCUGAUUUAGUUGCAUACGCUUUUACGUGACCUGUAUUUGCAGUACUUGAUCAUUCCACUGGUAAAGAAAGGAAGGAAGGCAAACAAACAAGCGUGCUUGGUGGUGAUGUUUCAGGAGCCAUGCCACUUUUCACAUCUCAGAUUCACAUUCUCAGGCAGAAUCAGUGCGACCAGAACACAGGAGUUUUUGAGCCAGCAUGGCCUCAGUAGCCAGUAAGAGGCAGGUGAGAAAGUAGGGUGCAGUGCGGAAGAAAGCAGGUAUUUGAUUUCUUUUUCAUUGAGAGAUCACAAUAGAAUGCCAGUGUUUACUUACAGUGUAGUCUUAUCAACGGUCGCCACUUCAGAACCACUAUAUUCAGUAGUUCCCGAGACCAGAGCUCACCAACCCAACAAACAUCAACAUUCUAAUGCUACCUGUUUUAGAUUGAUUACAGAGCUGAUAGACCAAAUAAGCCAGAGUACAUGGAAGAGAACUUCCUAGAACAGUGUGAAUGGGGACAGAGAGAGCAUUCUAGAUACGUGUUAAUGGGGAGAACAUUAAAGAACAGCUUGAAGGAGGGAAAGUACUAAAACAGGGUCACUGGCAAAGAAUGUUCUUUGUGAAUGGGGGAGAGCCUUCAAGAGCAUUGCGGAUGGGGCGAACAUUUCACAACCAUGUGAAUUGGGUGCGGAACAUUCUAGAAUGUAAAGAAUGGAAUGUUCUAGAAUCAUGUGCAUAUUCAAAAGCGGUGUGAAUAAGGGGAACUUUCUCGAACAUUAUGAAUAGAAGACCUGAAAACAUUCCAGAACAAGGCAAAGUGGUGAACAUUCUAGAACAGGGUGAAAUGGGGAAAACAUUCUAGAACUGUAUGAAUGGGAAGAACUUUCUAGAACAGGGUGAAUGGGGAGAAUGUUCUAGAGUCUCCCAACAAUCACACACAAGUAUGGUGCACCAAGUGUUUGGGUUUGUUGGUGUUUGCUGCCUCCAUGUGCUCUGCCCUGGGAAUAUUGUGCCAUCAUUUCAGAUUUUGCUUUUUCUUUGUUCUCCUAUUCUUUUUGCCUUUCCUCAGUUAUGCCUAUGUAUCUGUUUUAUGUGCCCCGUUAAUCGUGAGAAACUGUGAAGCAGUACUUUGCCAACCGUGUGAAUAAUAAUGAUAUAAGCUUUGCAUGCCUUAUAGGAUAUUCUUAUAGCACCUACUAAUGUGUAGAGUUUCUCAGCCUGCCCAUUUUUCUGAACGUGACUACACUCCACAUUCCUACCAUUAUCAUUAACCAGCUUGGAGUCUGGCACUAUGUAGAUGUUACUUGGAACGCUUUCGGCUACCUGAUCCUCUGUUCGUUUUUAGACUGAAUGCAGCCACAAAAGUCACUUGGACUCCUCCUAUCCCGUUAUCACAUUGCUGUAUGGUCCUGUGCAGUGAUCUUGUGUAUUGUGGUGAUAUAGAUUAGGCUCUUCUUAGGGUUAUACCAUCUAUGGAUAUUAUAAACUCUUCCUCCAGUAGUAGCAUAUGUUCUAGUUCUGUCUCAACACUAGAAUUCAUAUAAAUAAAGAGAACAAAUAUGAAAUGUCCAACCAUUUAGAUGUUUUAUAAUUAAUGUUCAGUGGCACUAACUCUGAAGGAACCAUACUAAUAGGUGUGAAUGUUAUGGUAGUAGAGGCAAAUUUAGUGUAGGGUCGUCCUGUUUUUUUUUUUUGUUUUUUUUUGUUUUUUUUUGUUGCCAGUAAUGUUUGUGCCUGUGAAGCUGCAUGUAAGCAGUGUCCAUUACUUUUUAAAAGGAAAAAAGAUCUACUAUAUGUGAGCCAUGUACAUCUUUAAAUCCCAUUAAGACCUCGUGGGAUGAUCUUGAAUUUCUGCAGUAAUGGUUGUGUUCAUUUAUAAAAUGUGCUUGAAUACCAAACAUGAUGUAAUUGUGCCAGUGAAAAAACAAAUUAAUCACAGUUGUUGAAAUUGCUUUUUUUGUAUUAUUUCACUUUCUGAAUGCUAAUAUUUCAAAUAGAGACCUGCCUUUGUGUUGUCUUUUGGCCAUCUCCUAUUAUAAUACAGGCCUGCUUCCUCUGCCAGAACUAAAGCCUCAGUCAUUCCUCUUUCCUUUGUUAUCCGCUUCCCUCCUUACUGCCAAUGUUUUACUUCAUGUAUUUUUCAUUUUCAAUAAAAUCGUCCCUGACUGUAUCACCUGC